GGAGAAGUCGUCGUGGGGUUAGUGAGAGUGCUGUAUCCUAGGCUCUGUAUUAUCAUCAAGUAUCACAAAAAUGCUAACCAGAAGACUCUACCUGGAGUUUCGAAGAUGUUACUCCAAGAAUGUUAUCGUAUCCCCUUUUGGACAAAUAGAUCUCCCUACAGCUAGCUUAGAUGAAUACACGAUGGAAUGGUGGAGCAAAUGGGAAAAUAAAACUGCAGUCGAAUGCGGAUUGACCGGUAAAGCCAUCACUUACAAGGAACUUAGACAUAAGAGUAAAUCUCUGGGCACCAGUCUCUCACAGCUGGGGUUAAAAAAGAAGACGGCUCUGUUUGUUCUUCCUAACUGCCCAGAGUUCCCUCUGGCAUUACUUGGAGCUCUGCAAGCUGGUAUGACAAUAUCUGCAGCCAAUCCAAUCUAUACACCAGGUGAAUUGAGACACCAGGCCAAUGAUGCAGGAGCAAAUUGCGUAGUGACAGAUGCUGGAUGCCUAGACCGAGUGCUGGAAGCAGUAGCUGGUCUGAACCUACCAGUAAUCUCUACUGGAGGAUCAACUAAAGAAGGAGUCAUCUCCUUUGAAGAGCUUAUUAACAAAGAAACCGAUAACAGCUUACUUCCAACAACAGAUGAGAAAAUUGGACAAUUGGCUAUGUUACCUUACUCCAGCGGCACCACAGGGUUACCUAAAGGGGUACGCCUGCAACAUAGUAGUAUCACGGCUAAUAUUGAACAAAUUGCUCAUCCUAAGGUCAAUUGCAUCAUGGACACCACAGAGAGCCAUCAGGAUGUAAUACCUGCGGUACUACCAUUCUUCCAUAUAUAUGGAUCAACAUGUGUGAUGAUGAGAUGUCUGCGUUUGGGUGCCAAACUUGUUACCUUACCCAAGUUUGAUCCCCUUCCCUUCCUUCAAAUUCUAGCUAAGAAUAGAAACAUAGUGCUCCACGCUGUUCCACCCAUCAUCAACUUUUUGGGUACCCAUCCGCUAGUAAAGCCAGAAAUGCUGCAGGGUAUCAGGUUUACAAUGACUGGAGCAGCACCCUGCAGUCCUUCUGACAUAGCAAGGUUGAAUGAGAAGAAACCUCAUUACAUUCUACAAGCUUAUGGUAUGACUGAGGCUUCGCCAGUAUUGACGUUCCCAUUGGUGGGAAGCACAGACACAGCCACGAUUGGUGCACCAAUCCCAAAUACUAUGGCUAAAGUGGUUGACCCAAACACUGGAGAAAAUCUGCCAGCUGGCCAAAAUGGUGAACUUUGCUUUAAAGGACCUCAGGUUAUGGAAGGAUACCACAACAAUGCAAAAGCAACAGAAGAAACUCUGAAAGAUGGCUGGCUGCAUACAGGUGAUAUUGGAUAUGCAGAUGAGGAAGGAAACUUCUUCAUUGUCGAUAGAUUGAAGGAACUGAUCAAAGUCAAAGGUUUUCAGGUGGCUCCAGCUGAACUAGAAGCUUUACUCCGCCAACAUCCAAAGGUAGCUGAAGCUGGAGUUACUUCUGCAGUAUGUCCUCGUUCAGGAGAAGUCCCUGUUGGUUUCUUGGUACCUGUUCCAGGUUGUUCCAUUGAUGCAGAACAGGUGAGUUCCUGGAUGAGCGACCAAGUCGCUCCCUAUAAACGACUAGCCAAACUUCUAAUAGUCAAUGAAAUUCCCAAGUCUGCCUCGGGCAAGAUCCUACGAAAGGAGCUAAAGGAGAUUGCCAAAGCAGAAGUACACCUUUAAUAAAGAAACAAGAUAGAACCAAUAAAAGAAAGUCAAAGUGUUAUCACUUGUAUAAAUAAUGACUGAAAAAAAAUUGAACAAAUUAAUUCAGCUCAUUAUAAAUAGGAAAAUUUCAACCACUAACAGAUAUCUGUGAAAGAUUUAAAAUUCCUAAAAUUUCUAUUUAUCAAAGGGUUUUCAGAAGUAAUGUGUUUGAUUUUUCAGUCAACAGCAAAACAUCUGCACAAAUUUAAACUAGAUGAAAAGGAAUAAUUUAUUUUUCCUAUAAAGAAAGAAGUUCUCAAAAAAUAAGAUAUAAUUUAAACAUAGAAGAAAUAGCACUUUCUUUACGAUAAGAAACAAAUUACAGCACAAAUGUGGAUUAUCGAUGCGCACAUUAAUAAUACAUGAUAUUAAUGGCAGAGCAGAACAUACAUUUUUUUUUCCUGAGAUUGGCAAGCACUGAAAUUUAAAACAAAUAUGUUGAAUUCUAGUUCAUUAAUCUUAAUGGAGUAGUUGAGAACCAGAAAAUGGACAUGGAGAAACAGAACAUGGAACACAUAAUAGUGGUAAUGUUUACAAAUUGUUAUAAACAUAUUAUUACACUAACAUUAAUGGUUCAAAUAAUUAUGAAUAGAAUCUGGAUUUUCUUUUAAAAUAAACAGCUAAAUAUGUACAUAUAUGUGUAAUUAUACUUUCAUAAAUAUGUUAAAAAUAUAUGAGAAUGUAAAGCGGGAUGCUUCUUAUCUUAACACAUAUUCGUCUGCAUGACAAAAAUUUUUGUAUGUGAUUUGUAUAUUACAAAAAAUCUUUUCUUUUUUUUUUCAAUCAACACCAGUUAAUUACAUUUAUUAACAAUCAGUAGAUGUGCUGGCUAAAUAACGAUAGCAGAAGAUAAUUUAUUCUUGUUAUUUUAAUUCUAAAUAAAUUAAAUUCUCAUCUUUACCAGAGAUUCAUUUUGUGAACGAUAGUGUAAAAAAUUAGCAGAUGAACAUGUGUUAAAAUUCACUGAAUUUCUUGUUUAGAAUAUUUUCCUUCUAUUUGUACUGAUUUAUUUUUUUAUUUAAAAUUUUUUGUUUGCUAAAUAUGUACGAUAAUGUGUAGAUAUAAUCCAAAUAUGUUAAAUGUUAUAUCCUUCAAAUUUGUACAAAUAUGUAAAAUAAAAAAUAUUUUAUUUGCUUUUAAAAUCGUAUGAAACAAAACAUAAACUAUCGAAGAAGAAUGUAAGAGGCUCAGAAAAAAAUUAUGACCAUAUAUUUUUAUAUUAUUUUAAAUAUUUAUUUUUAAAUAGAAAAUUUUAUAUUCAA